UUUUCAUCCGUGGCCUCUUAAGAAAGGGUCGCCUUUUCGCACCCUUUCUCAAGUCUCACUACUUUCUCAAACUCACAACUACUUAAACUCAAAUUGAAACCUGGCGCCUAAAAGUGCCGCGCUUGACUGCGCCAUCUAGCGGGGUAGCUGAAAGUAAAAUCAAUUAUGAACGGCUGAACGCAAGGCUUGGAUGUUGUUGAUUUAAGAUUCUUAGUGUCAGUAUGUUAAAUAUUUUGCACCGUACACGUAGAAACAUGACUUCAUUGACUGAAAAAACUUAAAUCAUUUUUUCCACUGAACGGAAUGUGUGUUCUGUCUUUCGAAAAUGGAAGAUCUCGAAGCUGGUUUGUCAAACCUUUGCCGCUUGUGUGGUGAAGUUGAUGUUGAAUGUUCCAAUUUGUUCGAUGAGACAGAACAAGAAGAAAACUUACUCUCUAAAAUCCAACUUUCAAUAAGAAUAGCGAUUUCGCAAGAUGAUGGUCUUCCAUCAGGGAUUUGCAAUGCAUGCCGUGAUAAGCUGGUUGACUACACCUCAUUUUAUCAACAAUGUCAUGAUACUCAAGAAAGACUGCAGGAGUUCCUAUGUAUUGAGUCUGCUAUGCAGAAAACAAUUCACGCCGAUCCACCCGAGAUAAAAUUUGAAGCUGUUACUGAACAUGAAGAUGAAGCUGAUGACUUUUACUAUGAGGACGCUGAAGGUGGAGCUGAUGAGAAUGUUGACGAUGAGAAUGUUGAGUACAUGGAAACUGAAGAAAAUAAUGAGAUUCCAGAAGAAGAAGAAUACAUUCUAGCAGAUACAGAAAAAGAUAGACGGUCUGUCGGAUCAAACAGCAAUCAUACUGAAGAGGAACGAGCACCUGAGACAACUUUACCACCACCUCUUACCCCAAUACAGCUGUAUGAGCCACUUGACAGUGAGCAGAGUGGGGAAGUGCCUCUUGAAAGCACCUUAGGUCUUUCAUUAUUUGAUGAUAUUGAUAAAAAUAGCUCAAGCUUUCGAAAAGAAAUGGAUGUUCUUUUAUGUGGAGAAACAGAUAGCCAGCCAUCAGUUGCUCAUUUGUCAUGCUGCUCAGAACCUAGAUCUUUAACAUCUCCUAGUUUUAGUCUACAAGACUUCUCAUUAGACCAAGGGAACCACCUUCCUAUUAACGAAUUUCCCUUAUCUGAGGAACAGUUACCACCUGUUAAAACUGCUUCAGAAAGGGAAGAUAAUGAGUUAGAAUACACAGCUGUUUCCAAACCUGGUGAUAACGAACAUUGUGCAGAAAAUAACCUAAUGGCAGAGGUUCCUAAACUAUCCUGUGGGUUUGGAGAUGAAUCAGUAGUAGUUCAUAGUGACAAGUCUCUAACUCAACAUACAUUUGAACAUCAAUUAGUGGAAAAUAUUUCAAGUCAGGCUUUUACCUCAGCCAAUCAUUCAAUAAUUCAAGACCAGACAUUAGGAUCAUUACCAAGCUUUCAGGGAAAUGUGAGCUCUGAGAUGGAUUCUCUCAGAGUGCAAAAUGAGGCAAACACUGUGUUAACAGUUGAUGCCAAGGUGGUUGGUGCGUCAGGUGAAAUCAAGUUCCAGCGCAACAUGGGUGGAGUUAAAAUUGUCUUCCCUCCAACAACAGCUGAGAAAGCUAUCAAGUUUGAUGACCUCAUCAGCCUGUUUUCUCUGAAUGAAGUUCGUCAAGCAUUUUGCGCUGAAAGUAAAGAAGAAGAAAUUAUUCAACAACUAGUCCAGCAAGGAUUAGGUAGUGAAGGUGUUCCUCAGAGUGGUCGAAUGUCCUCUCUAUCACAAGCUAGUUCCCUGGAUCUUCCAAACAGCCUUUUAAGUCCAUUAUCAUCAGUAUGCGAUUCAUGGAGCUGGGAGAUUUCUCAGUUACUAAGUGGAGAUGAGAACAGUAAUGAAGGAGAUAAUAGAAGUGAACUAAAUACCCCAAUUGUGACUCUCCCUCCAAAACAAACUGAUUGUACCAAUGUAGUAAAGUCCAUUCAGACAGCACCUCCCUCUUAUGAUGUUUCAUUAGAUGUGCCAUCAACAUCUGUUCUUGACAACUUUUGCAUGCCCUCCAAUUUUAAGAUUUCAGGUUCCAAACUUUUACCUUCGCCUGACAGUAACACAUCACACAUCCCUUGUAAUCUUAAUAUUCCUCAGGGUAUUUUCACUCCUCUUCAAGUUCAGAUACCAGAAGAAAGUGACACUCCCCCCAGAAUAUCUCGAACAUUGAAUUCUUCUAACACAUACUUUGAUGAAAUAAGUCUAGGAAUAUCCCCUGUUAUUGAUUUAGACCCUAAUGUGGCCACAGUACGAAUGUCAUGCCCCCCGACUGAAAAUUCUCAACAGUCAUCCUUUAGAAGAGGAAUUGAAACACUGUCUCUUCAGGCUCCAAAUUCUUCAUAUAUAUCAAAUGAACUACCGAGUACUGAUGCUUGCCCUGCUGUGGUAUCCAAUGAUGAUGACUGUGAUAUAAAAGAAGUAGCUGUAGAUAUAAUAAUAGAUGAUGGGAAGAUGAACUGGCUCAAACUCCUUCCUGAUCCUACUGAUGAGUUUGUGAAAAAAAUUUCUCAUAAAUGUUAUAAAUGUCAUAUUUGCUCAAGAAGCUUCAGAUUUAAAUUUCAGGUACAGAGACAUAUAAAAAUUACUCACUCAACUUCAAAGCCUUUUAUAUGUGCCAUUUGUGGUGCGACUUUUAGUAUAAAACAUUACUUAACUAGACACAUGAAAGUUCAUGAUGAUACUAGACUUCAAUGUACAUUGUGUGAUAAAAAGUUCACUCGUCAGUAUCAGUUAGCAGAACAUGAGCUAACGCAUACAGAUCCUUCAUCUUUGAAAUGUUCCGACUGUGGUAAGCAGUGCAAUAGUAAGAAUGCUCUCAGUGUUCAUAAAUCAAUUUGCUCUGGAACUUUACAAUCUUACAUAUGUGAUAUUUGUGGGAAAACUUAUCCUGGUUUAACUGCGUUGAAUCAUCAUCGGGCAAGACAUGAGCCAGUUAAAUUAUUUAAAUGUACAAUGUGUGAAUCUUCAUUUCACACGCAGUGGCAGCUUGUGAAACACACUAAACGACAUGCCACACAGGGUCUGUAUGUUUGUAAGUUCUGUUCUCUCGCGUUCAAUUCCACAACCAAUUUGAAGAAACACAAAGCCAAAUGUCCUGCUUUAACAUUAAAUAAAAUUGUAAGCUAGUGUUUUGUUUAACUUGAUUCCUAUGAAUAUACUUUUAUUAUAAUUGCAAUGAAUUUAAGAAGAUGUAAAGCAAAAUCUCCUGAUGUAACAUCUAAAAAAAAAAAUGUGAGCUUGCCUUCUGUCUGUUAUAAUGAAAUUGUGGAAAAGUUAAUUUU